AUGAGAAAGCAAAAAUUAUUAACCUUAUAGCCAUAUGCAAAUAUAUUCAGGAAAUAUCAUUUAUAAUAAAAUCGGAAUUAUAAAUAACAUUUCAUUAAAAUAUUGAUCUAAGUCCAUUAUCAAUAAUUAAAUCAGAUUCCAUAAUUGCCAUCAAUUGAUUAUUAUUCUUAUGAACGAGAAUCAAUUCAAAAGACAAAUCAAUUUUCAAAGUAUCAAAUAAAUGAUUGAGCAAAUAAAUCUUUAAGAAUCUACAUUCUAUUUAAGCUGAAUUGAGCAAUUUAGAAGGUUUUUUUUUCAAUUUAGAUUAUAGUUCUCAAUAUGAGAUAUCUAAUUGGUCACUUGACAUCACAAAGUUUUUAAUGGAUUAUAAGUAAAUAAAUUUUAAUGCCAAAAUUGAAUUAGAAAAUUAUUCUUAAUUUAUAAGAGUGGCUUUUUAGUCAAUUAGAAUUAAAUCAAAAGAAAAAUAAAUUGCUGUGUUAAAUUAUCUUUCCAUCAUAUAAUAUAUAAGUUUGUAAUUUAAAUUGGAAAUUUCAUUAUAAAAUCGAAUUAUCAAAUUAAUAAAUAGAAUGAAAUAGUAAAUGUCCUCAUUAAAUUUCUCACAUAUUUUACAAAAUUAAUAUUGA